ACCAACAAUAACUGGAAUUGGUUUAUCGUUCACUUAAAUCUGCUUCAUUAAAAAUUCAUCAAAAAGAUUCAUCCUUUCCAUCAACAUAUUGCUUUUCUUUUCUUCAUAGAAUCAACUUAUCUUAAUUACAGAAAUAAAAAUGGGUUGUGGAAAAUCAAAACACGAUGUUGUUACGGGAAACACCAGAACGGUUAGAAAACCCUUAGAAGCUGAAUCAGUGAAGGGUAAAGAAAAUGAGACAAUAAGGAAACAAGAAAGCUGCCAAUGCCAGAAAAGCACCGACGUCGCCGCUGCGGUUUCUGCAGACCGGCCAGAUACCACCUUGGAAAACAAUACCCAGAAGGAAAAAGAAGCUGAAGUAGAUUGUGGUGAGAAGCCAGAGGAAAAGGAAGCUGGGGAAGAUGAACACAAAGCAGAGGAAAAGGAAACCGCCAUUUUGCCGCCGGUAAUGGCAAUAGUGCCAGAAAAUAUUGUGACGGAGGAAACAUCCAACGACGUAAAUGAGAGCGUUUUGAUUGUGGAUAAACAAAAUGGUCACCAAGACCAACAUUCAGUUACACAACUUCAGCCACACGGGAGGAACACCCUUUAUCCAAAAACCAAUCAGACCAACACAACAAACCAAUAG